AGUAAGCCAGCACCCACAGCUCUGACUGCAGAGGCUCGACUCUCUCCUGUCAUGCUGUCAACUCUCAGCCUGAUGCAGCUGUGUGUGUGUGGCAUACUGUAGCUCCUCCAUGUUGCAUCCAGGAUGGACAAACCUGAGGUGAAGUCACGGCGGUUUCAUACUCUGGCAAUCAGUGCAGCCAGACGCACUAAGCGUGUCUCUCCCUCCCCAUCUUUCCAGCGCUGUGCCUUUGCAUCCUGGACCAGGGAGAACAUCCACAAGAAGGAAUGCUGCUUCUUUGAAAAGGGUGUCAGAGAGGGUGUGUGUAAGUGUGGCUACCCAAAGACAGAACAUGUGGACGAUGCCAUCAAGCCAGAGGACUUCACAGGAGAGUCGUGGGACAGACACAGACAUGUCCGAGAAGUGCCUACAGAUGCUUUCGGAGACAUCAGCUUUGGUGGUUUGGGACAGAAGACUGGCAAGUAUGCACGAGUGUCCACAGACACCAGCCCAGACAUCCUGUACCAGUUGUUGACUGAACAGUGGAAGCUUUCCCCUCCCAACCUGCUGAUCUCUGUGACCGGAGGAGCCAAGAACUUCUACCUGAAGGCUCGACUCAAGAACAUGUUCCACAGAGGUCUCAUCAAAGUGGCCCAGACAACAGGUGCGUGGAUCAUCACCGGCGGUACGCACACAGGUGUGAUGAAGCAUGUAGGGCAGGCUGUGAGGGACUACGCCCUGAGCAGCUCCAUGCAGGGCCACAUCGUAGCUAUCGGAGUCGCAACGUGGGGAAUAAUUCACAACAAGGACGCUUUGGCGAAUCCAGAGGGUUGUUUCCCAGCCCAUUAUUUGUUGGACAUCAAGGGCCAGGGCCGACUCUCCUGCCUCGAUAACAACCACACCCACUUCCUGCUGGUGGACGAUGGGACCCAGGGUCGCUACGGAGUGGAGAUUGAACUGCGUAGCCGUCUGGAGAAAUGCAUCUCCGGAAAACGUCUUGGAACUAAAGAGAGCGGUGUGACCAUCCCUUCGGUGUGUGUGGUUUUGGACGGAGGACCAGGCACUCUGAAUACCAUCUUUAAUGCCAUGCUGAAUGGUACACCAUGUGUGAUCUUGGAGGGCUCUGGGAGACUAGCAGAUGUGAUCGCCCAGGUGGCAGGACUGCCAGUGACCCGAGUCACAAUCGCCCUCAUCCACCAGUUACUGAAAAAGUUCUUUGGCCAAGAGUAUGACAACUUCCGCGACAUCAAGAUCAUAGAAUGGACCAAGAAGAUUCAGGACAUCAUCAGGAUGUCUCACUUGCUGACAAUAUUCAGAAUAAGCGAGGACAAUCACGGGGAUGUGGAUAUGGCUAUUCUUCAAGCCCUACUCAAAGCUUCGAGGACCAGCGAGUCGCUGGGAAUCGAGUCCUGGAAGAGGCAGCUGGAGCUGGCUAUAGCCUGGAACCGAGUUGACAUCGCUGAGACUGAGAUCUUCACUGAGGAGAGCCAGUGGAAGUCCAGUGACCUCCACUGGGCCAUGUUCUCAGCCCUGGUCGGCAACAAGCCUCAGUUUGUGAGUCUGCUGCUGGAGAACGGUGUGAGUCUGAGGGAUUUCCUGCAGGACGAGGAAACUCUGUGUGAGCUCUACAAACAGCUGCCCAGCUGCAUCUUUCUCCGCAAGCUGGCCAAGCGGGUCCACAGCGCCUGCCGCAGAAGGAGGAAGGCGUUCCGCAUCAGGCCAAGGGCUCACUUAGGGCAGGGCGAAAUGAUUUCCAUGACUCAUGUGUCUGAUGAGGUUCGCCACCUGCUGGGCAGUUUCACCAAGGCUCUCUACCCUCCCCCCUCCGACAUGCCUUACCACUUCAACAUGUCCAGGGAGGAAACAUCAGUAUCACUGUCUAAAAGUUCGACGGCUUCCCAGGCGCCACUCAGGGAGGAGGAUGCUGAAGCACAGAGGGAGCCGGGCAGAGACCUCUUCCUCUGGGCUGUCGUCCAGAACAACAAGGAGCUGGCUGAGAUUGCCUGGGAGCAGUGUAGAGACUGCAUGUCCGCUGCUCUGGCCGCCAGUAAGAUCCUGAAGACAAUGGCAGAGGAAGGAAGUGAUGCAGACGAGGCCCAGGAAAUGCUAGAGCUCGCCAAUCACUAUGAGCAACACGCCAUUGGUGUGUUCAGUGAGUGCCACAACUGCGACGAAGAGCGAGCUCGGAAGUUGUUGGUUCGUGCGUCUCCGUUUUGGGGAAGGACGACGUGCCUGAGGCUGGCACUGGAGGCUGAUGAUAAAAGCUUUGUAGCUCAGUCAGGUGUUCAGGCUCUUCUGACUCAGAUCUGGUGUGGUGAGCUCUCAGUGGACAACCAUGUGUGGAGAGUGCUGGUCUGCAUGGUCUUCUUCCCUCUUAUCUACACUGGCUUUCUGAUUUUCAGACGUGAUGAAGUCAUUCACAAAGAAGCUGAGAUGAAAGAGGAGAUGAAGACGGUGGAGACGGUAACAGGAAGUACAGUUCGAACUAAUUCUCGUAGCCUCCUCUCCUCCAGCCUGGAGCGCCUGAAGCCUCUGGGCGGCUGGUCCCGGCUGGUCCACCUGUACAGCUCUCCGCAGGUCAAGUUUUACUGGAAUAUCGUGUCUUACUUCGCCUUCCUCUUCCUGUUUGCUGUGGUGCUGAUGAUCGAUUUCCAGACUACGCCCUCUGCUGCGGAGGUGCUGCUCUACAUCUGGCUGCUCUCUCUAGUGUGUGAGGAGGUCAGACAGCUGUUUCAUGAUCCUGAUGGCUUUGGGUUUCGUAAGAAAGCCAAGAUGUACAUCAACGAGCUGUGGAAUAUCUUAGAUGUUCUGUCCAUCCUCCUCUUUAUUCUCGGCCUGGCAUUUAGGCUGACGACUGAGCUGUUCUACGCUGGUAAAAUCCUCCUCUGCAUCGACUUUGUGGUCUUCUGCCUCCGUCUCAUGGCCAUCUUCACUAUCAGUAGAACCCUGGGACCCAAAAUCAUCAUAGUCAGGAGGAUGAUGACGGACAUGUUCUUCUUCAUGUUCCUGCUGAGUAUCUGGGUGGUGGCGUACGGCGUGGCCAAACAAGGCAUCCUCAUCCACAACGACAACCGGCUGGACUGGAUCAUCCGCGGGGCUGUUUAUGAGCCGUACCUCAUCAUAUUUGGGGAUUUUCCCACAAAUAUUGAUUAUGCUGCGUUUGAAAUCGACAAGUGCAGCAUGAACGGCACCGAUCCCCUGAAGCCCAAGUGUCCUGUGCUGAAUGAAAACCAACUGCCAGCCUUCCCCGAGUGGCUCACCAUCAUCAUGCUUUGUAUUUACUUGCUCUUUGCCAACAUACUGCUGCUCAACCUGCUCAUCGCCAUCUUCAACUUUACGUUCCAGGAAGUUCAGGACAACACAGACCGGAUUUGGAAGUUUCAAAGAUACGAGCUAAUCAAGGAGUACCACAGCCGCCCCACUGCCCCUCCUCCCUUCAUCAUCUUCAGCCAUCUUUACCUCCUCAUCAGGAACACGGUGCUGUGCAGGCCGCCCAUCAGGAGCAAAGAGUUUAAGACUGAGCUUCCUCAGGUGGAGGAAGAGGAGUUGCUGUCCUGGGAGGCCUUGAUGAAAGACCGAUACCUGCUGUCCACACAGCAGGAGGAGAGCCAGAGCAUGGAGCGACGCAUCCUGGACACGGCCCAAAAGGUUACCGCCAUAUCUGAUCGACUGGAGAGGGAAGAGGAGACGGGCUCUGAUGCCGUGGUGCAAAGACUGGCUCGACUAGAGGAGCAGGUCGUCCAGUCAGCCAAAGCACUGCAGUGGAUUAUGGAAAGUCUGAAAUGUGGAGGUUUUACAGCAAAAGAAGCACAACCACCGGUAUUGACUACAACAGACGAGUCCCCCGACACUUUGAGAAAUACGUCAGAGAAAGAGGACGGGUUCCACGUGAACGCCCGUCAGUUUCGCUACCCGGACAGCAAACUCGAGCGCUUCCCUGUGCCUGAGGAGAAAGUGCCAUGGGAGGUCAGCUUCAUCUCAUACAUGCCGGCUUAUUACGCCUCUGAAGACGGUGGGGACCAUGUAGAUGGAUCAGAAUCAGGAGACAUAGAGGAUUACAGAAACCCAGAAGGGAGGACGGGCAUCAGGGGACGAGGUGCACUGAGCCACCUCGGUCCAAAUCUGAAUGUAGACCUCGUGCUGACACGCUGGCGAGACAGCGAGAGAUCAGUUUUGGAGUAUCUGGUGGUUUGGGAUGAGAGGCAGGGAACAUUGGCUCUACCUGGAGGGCCUGUCCAGUCUGCUGAUCUCUUGCCAGUGACUCUUAAGAGAACCAUGGGGAAGAAGCUGUAUGAACAAAUAAAUGAAAUAGUAUCAGAGGGAACAAAGGUGUUUGAGGGUUAUGUGGACGACUGCAGGAACACCGAUAACGCCUGGGUGGAAACCACCGUCCUGAACAUUCACCUGGACAGAACGAGCCAGGUGAUGGUAGACGUCAACAGCAUGGUGGCGAUCAGCCACGGCGGUCUUCAGUGGCGGGAGGUGAGCGGCAAAACCAGACUCAGCUCAAACCAAAGAGACUCUUUGCGGCAGGUUGCCGAGCUGCACAACAGAAAGUUCUGAUGUUCAACUCUGCUACAGCUGUAAACGUGCCUCUCUCCAUCAACCGCAGGGUUUCUUCUGCCUCUUCAUGUGGCCUUUUAUUCAUUCUGUUGCACUGAAAGCACUUGAAACAAGACACUAUGAAGCCAUAAUGGAUGCUGCUGGGAUUAUUUCUUAUUUGCACAUAGGACAGACUGUUUAGCCCGCACACUGUGCUAGCCUGUACACUGAGAAUAAACACCUCAAUUUUGAGUAUCACAUGAGUAUUUACAUUUUAUGCUACUUCAUACUUCUACAUCACUACAUUUCAGAGGCAAAUAUUGUACUUUUUACUUCACUACAUUUAUCUGACAGUGCAGUUAGUUGCUACUUUUUACGAUACAAAAUAUCUAAAUGCAAAUCAUCUUACUGUAUAUAAAAUGAUGCUGAUGAUGAUCACUAUAAGUACUAGCUCCACCAAAAUGCCACUUACAAGGAAAUGCAUUAAUAAUCAGUGCCUGAAAUGGGCCGGUACGCCUUUUGGUGUUCCUUCUCAUUAUCCAAUUAAAUCUGUACUGUAGACAGAUAUGUUAUUUUAAGUUGGUUUUAUUGUAGCAUACAUGCAAUAUUAUAUUUGUGUACAAUUUGCUUUGUAUCAAUAACUACAUAAAAGGUUUUUAUGUACAACUGUGGAAAUGUAUGUAUCAUCUGUAGGCCUAAUGUAUGUAAUGAAAUGCAUACAAAAAUACAUUUGAAGUGGGAUAUUUUACCAAGAUAUACGUAUAAAUAUAUCCAAGACACAUGCGAUGAUCAUCUCAUCCCUUACCAAAAAGUAGUUUAUUCAACUGUGCUAUUAGUAUACUUCUUUUUAACUUAAAAUAAGAGAGUAUACUUUCAGUUUACUUUUUAUGUACUUAUCAGAGAUAUUCUUAACAAAAAUAUA